CGCCGCGCGCCCGGCGAGAAGGAGGCUCCUCAACAUGGAGAGGCAAGCCGCAGGCGUCAACGGCGGCGACAUCAAGACAGCCUUGAGCGAUGAGGCACGGUCACAUGCCAGAAGUGCAGAGGCUGUCGACGCAGAGAAGCAGCCAGAGCCCGAUGUGGGAUCAUCGGCGCCGUCGACUGCGGAGCAGCACCAGCCGCCCGUCGUCGACGACCCGAUGCGCUGGUCCGCGGCGCGCAAGUGGACGGUGACGCUGGGUGCCUGCUACUUCUCCAGCCUCAUCUCCGUCGCUGCGUCGGCGUAUUCGCUCGGCAUCGAUGCCAUGGUGCGCGAUCUCGCUGAGCCACGGCUGCUGCUGGUAGCUGGGAUCUCUGCCUUCACGCUGUCGUGUGCGCUCCUGCCGCUCAUCCUGGCGCCGCUGAGCGAGGCCGUGGGCCGCAGAUACGUCUACCUCGUCUCGUACGCCAUCUUCUUCCUUUUCUUCCUGCCCGUCGCCUUGGCUCAGAAUGCCGCAACCGUGCUGGUGGCUCGCUUUCUGUGCGGCGCCGCCGGAAGCGUCGGCAGCACCAUGGUCGGCGGGACCCUCGGCGACAUCUGGCUGAAGGAGGAGCGCACGCUCCCCAUGGCGCUCUUCGCCCUCUCGGCGCUUGCUGGCACUCCGAUGGGCCCCGUCGGCUUCGCCUGGGCCACGAUUGAUGGCCGCUGGCGCUGGAUCCACUGGACGAUGCUUCUUCUCGGCGCCCCGUCGAUGCUCUUCGCGCUUCUGUUUCUCAACCGCGAGACGCUGCCGAAGAAGCUGCUCCAGCGCAGUGGCCUGCCAGACGGCGCGCAGUCGCUUCAGAGCCGGAUGGCCAAGCUCCGCGGCGCUUUGAGCGUCUCGGCGAUCCGGCCGCUGCGCUUCCUCUUCACCGAGCCCAUCACGACCGUGCUCUGCAUCUGGAUCUCGUUCGCCUGGGGCUGCCUCUACCUCUUCCUGCAGAGCGUGCCGCUCGUCUUUGCGCAGCACGGCUUUCGCGACGAGAACGGCACGACGGGCCUCGCCUUUGUGGGCCUGGCAGUCGGCGCCGUGCUUGGCUUUCUCGCAUACGUCUUCAGCACGCGCCGCUGGCCGAUGCAGAAGACGCAUGCGCCCGAGGCACGCCUGCGAGAGGCAUGCGUGGGCGGCGUGCUCUUCGCUGCAGCAUUCUUCUUCUACGCAUGGACGACGCUGCCGCGCCUGCCGUGGGCGGUGCCUCAGAUCGCCUCGGCGCUACUCAUGGCAGGGCUCUUCCUCUUCUACGUCUCCAUCUUUCAGUACUUUGGCGACAUCUACGGCAGCUACACGAGCUCGGCACUGGCGGCACAGUCCUUCUCACGCAACAUCUUCGCCACAGCUUUUCCGCUCUUUGCGCGGCGCAUGUACCAAGCGCUGGACUACCAGAUCGCCACAACGGUGCUGGCGGGCAUCGCUGCCGUGCUGGCGCUGUCGCCGUUUCUGCUUCUGCGCGUGGGCGCAAGACUGCGAGCGGCCAGCCCGUUUGCUGUCAAGCUCGAGGCAGAGGCAGAGGCGGAAGCGCGUGCGCAGCCUGGUCGAGACCGGCAAUGACAUAGAUGCUCCCGGACGAU